AUUGCGAAGGUACGCUUUGCAAGUGGUUAAAGUAUACUUUGCAGCUUUUAAUAUCAAGGGUUUUGCAGACUAUUGUGGUGAAGGGAUUAUUACCACAUUUUUUUAUAAUAACAUAGAAUGUGGUUUUUAUGGGCGUACACUCAAGUGAAGAUAAUCGCGCCCCUGCUGAAAGUAAUCCAAGUGAUGGUAGUUGUUCUGUCAUCACUAGUCCUCGAUAGUAAUCAUCACUAUCCUAAUCAAGCGAAUGUCUACGAUGGUGAAAGUUUUGACUUCGUCAUAAUCGGAGGCGGUUCAGCGGGCUGCGUUGUUGCCAAUCGUCUCACAGAAGUUGGAAGCUGGAGGGUUUUGCUCAUUGAGGCUGGCGACUACCCUCCUUACGUGUCUGAUGUCCCUGCCCUAUCUAUAUUGCUGGGUGCAUCAUAUCCAGACUGGAAUUACUACACGAUGAACGAUGGCUUGACAGCUCAAGGGCACGAACAAGGAACUAUCUACCAAACAAUGGGGAAGCUGCUGGGCGGUUCUAGCAGCAUCAACUACAUGUUCUACGCGAGAGGAAACAAAGCUGAUUACCAAGAGUGGGCCGCCUUGGGCAACAGAGGGUGGGACUGGGACUCUGUCCUGCCAUACUUUAAAAAGAGCGAACGUUUAAACAAUAGUCAUAUUGCAAGGAGUGAAUCUUACUCGUUACAUGGAACACUCGGCUACCUCGGAAUCACAAGGCCGGAAUGGGAGACACACAAUAGAAAAUAUUUAAGAGCAUUUGGAGAAGUAGGGCACAAUAUUUUAGACGAUUUAAAUGGCUUUGAGCAGCUCGGUUAUUCUGUUCCGAGUUAUACAAUAGACCAACUGCGACAAAGUGCUGCGAUUGCAUUUAUUAGACCAAUCAAAGAUCGACCAAAUUUAUUUAUACUUAAGAGCACAUUAGCUAGAAAAAUAAUUUUUGAUGGUAAAAGAGCCGUCGGAGUCGAAGUUCAAGAAAAAGACGGUAGUGUGAAAACGUUAAAAGCUGAAAAGGAAAUCAUUCUUUCAGCGGGAGCGGUGAAUAGCCCCAAAUUAUUGAUGCUUUCAGGUAUCGGACAAAGAGAUCAUUUAGAAGAAAUGGGCAUCGAAACAUUGCUAAAUUCACCCAACGUGGGCGCUAAUUUACAAGACCACAUCAUUGUUCCUAUAAUGUUAACAGGGAAAAAUACAUCAACGCCGAUCCUCUUAAGUGACCUGAAAAUUUUAAGGAAUAUGGACAGAUUUCCCGCAGCGGCGAUUAUGGGGUACGCUGCAUUAGAAAAGAAUCAAACUUUUCCCGAUUACCAAGUCACCGCAUUACCCUUCGAAAGGGGCACAAUAAUGCCAACACUCAUGUGCUCUAACGUAUUUAAAUGGAACGACGAAACAUGCACCGCCUUGGCUAGUUCAACGGACCGAGAGACACUCUUUGCAUUGAUCACAUUCUUACACCCCGAAUCCAGGGGCAAGAUACGUUUAAAGAGUAAAAACCCAGAAGAUAACCCAUUUAUCUACGCUGAUCAUCUACUGAAUAAGAAAGAUUUGAAAAAAUUUGCUCGAUGCCUUGUAGAUUACACGACAGUGGUAAAUGCGGAGUAUUUUAAAAAUGUCAAGUCUGAAAUAGUCGAUUUAAAUGUUAAGCAGUGUAAGGGAUUACAGUUUGCGAGUAAGAAGUACUGGGAAUGUUAUAUUUUAAAUUUGAUAGCUUCUCAAUACCACUUAUCGGGGACAUGUGCCAUGGAUAGGAACGGGGUCGUGGAUGAAAGGCUGAGGGUGAGAGGUGUUGAAAGUCUUAGAGUGGUCGAUGCGAGCGUCAUGCCUAAGAUUGUUAGCGGGAACACUUACGCUGCUGUUCUUAUGAUAGCAGAAAAAGCGUCAGAUAUGAUAAAAAAUGGUAACGGUGCAAAGUUGUGAUUCUUGGGUAAACU